AUGGGUCGGGAUUUGCGGCCGGCGUGGGACAUAGCCACCAGCACGGUCUUGGAUACGGUCUUGGGCACGGACACGGGAAUUUUGUCCGGUGUUAAUGUCGUUCGACUGCACGCGGAAAACGCCAGCGGCGAGUAG